UUGUAUCAGUAAAUGGGAUAGUUUGAAACUUAAAGACUAAUUGUUAUGACUCCAAUGCAGGUAAUGACAGUGACAACUAUAACGGGAUGCUACUUUCGUUCUUAUAUGGGCAUGCAUAUUCUCUUAUUCUUUGUACUUUCCCUCUUUUUACGAAACGACGAUAGCUGACCCACUACUAGUAAGCUUAAGUUUUACUUUUAAUCGCAACUAAACAAACUAAACCCGUGUCCAUCAAUAUAGUAUUUGUUAUCAUUUUUUACAACUUCCUGCAUCGCAUAAGAAAGAAACCACCAACAAGAAAACGGAAACAUACAAGCUAGUCGUCUGUUUCCAUCUAUCAUUCCGGCCAACGCAGUCUUUGUCACGAAAUAAAUGAACGAAUGCUAAGACCCAUCUGCCAUCAACCACUCACUUAAUUGAAACCAGAUUUGAAAGAGUUAAAUAACUGCAGAAGUCUUGUUCAAGAGAAUAGGCAUAAUUGACCGAAUUCACAGUGUUUUUGCUUCCUUAUCUUAAACAUUGCAAAUUAUGUCAUUCGACUUGGAAAACGAGGACACGCGUCUCUCAUCCGAAACCGUUUCAAUUUUGGGUACCGUAAAUUCAAGUUCAGGAUCAUACGUCGAGUACGAAGUACAUUAUAAGGGACAUUCUGUAUGGAGAAGAUAUUCCGAUUUUGUUUCUGUCCGAACGAUUCUUUGCCGUAUCUAUCCUGUUUUAAUCGUUCCGCCGAUUCCGGAGAAACAGUCAUUGUUAAGCUACGCUAAGAAGCCUGUUACUGCAAAACGUGAUACCAAGCUGUUACGACGUCGUUCAGUCUUACUGCAGUUAUUCUUAGGGCAAUGUUUAAAGCACCCCAUACUAUCGGCAGACGUUCUUUUUCAAAGCUUUCUGUCGCAGAAUAUCCCUUGGCAUGCUAUCCUCUCGGCCGAGAGUGCAUCUUUGCAACACCCGCAAAAAGAAGCAUUAAGGGUACCACCGUUGAAAACAGUGGACUCGGAUCCCUAUGCAGACAUUCGUCCUAUGAUGCCACUGAUUAUGAGUGGUACUAGUGAGUAUGUUCAGUCUGACUCAGUUUCUUCAAUCACCAAUGAAACAGGUAGUUCGUCUACCUCUUCACCCAUGCCAAAAUCCGGCUCAAAUCCCUUAGAUUCUGCUCCAGAUUCUAAAUCUUCAGAUGGAAUUGACUGUUCUGACCUAAAACAAACGGCAAGAGAGAUCAAAACCCUGAAAAACUUGCUGCGAAAUGAUUUUGAGAAGGCUAUUCAAAAGUUCUUGUCCAGCUUGAACAAACUUGAGAAUUGCCUUUCUAAAACAGGCACACUCUUCCAUUCAAUGACAUCCGUGCAAGAGAUUCCAUCUUCACAUUUAUAUCAUAUCGUCGCAAAUACGUUCGAAAGCAGUGGCUUGUUCACCACAAACUUGAAUGAAGAACUGAGCAUCUCGUUAUAUGAAUACGUUGUGCAAUCUGCGCAGCUCGCUGCAUCCGCUGCAAAUGUGUUUAAAUACCGUGAACUGAAACUCAGGCAACGGGCGUUAAUUCAUGACUUAUUAGUGCAAGAAGUGAAUAUCACUGAAGGCUCCGGCACCACCAACGUUCAAAGAAACAAUGCCCAUCGCCCGACGGCGUAUCCACAACGUAGAAGUUCGUUAUUUGGACGUUUGCAACAUGCUUUUCACGACAUUUUAGACACGGAUUCCUCAUUGCUUGGAAAGGUUCCUACACGUUUCACUCGUGGUGAACUGGAGCGAAUGCUAGAGGCUGUGAAUGAAGACUGUAAAGUCAUCGAUGCACAAUUGGAGGAUGAACUUACUUUCUACGAAGGGUGCCAAAAAGAACAGUGGGAAAAGAUUGCUUCUGCUGUACAAGAAGGCUUAUAUCAAUGGGCCACUACGAACUUGACCUGCUGGCAACGUACUCAAAGAGAACUUGAUGACCUAACAGCAGAAUUAAACCACGAGACAGAUAUUAAUGCUGAUGAGCAAGAUUAAAUUACUUGCUGUUAUGACGAAGCGUAUUAUUAAUUCCUAUUUUUUUUUCUCCGUUUGUGUGAAAAACUUUAACUUUAAUGGCUGAUUUUGAUGACCUUUUCCCUUAUGCUCCGUUUCUCUAUACACGUUCGAGCACUCAUACACACAUAUUUUCUUUUUUUUCAAAUAAAUUACGUACAAAUCCAUACACAUUUUCAUUAACA